UCAGAGGUAGAGCCGUUCAUUUUAUAUGUUUGGUCUCUGAAUCCGAGUAAACAAACCCAGUGAGGAAAAUGAAUGAGGUGCUAUUUUCCCCAUCUUCUUCAUCUUCUUCCACUCACCUCAGAACCAAAACUAGUUGUUCAUCCUCACCAUCACCCUACUCCUCGCAUGUUAUCUUUUCUAGUCACCACUCAUUCCCCAAAUCAAGAAUUUCUCUCCCAAGACUUCAAUUACCAAGGAAUAAUGGAGUCGUAACGCAUUGCACCAGCAGAAACAACUUACCUGAAGGAGGAGGAGGAGGGGACAGUGGUAGCAAGAGCGUACUAGAUGCCUUUUUCUUGGGCAAGGCGCUAGCGGAAGCUAUUAACGAGCGUGUUGAAUCUACAUUGGGAGAGUUGUUGAGUACAGUCGGCAGGUUGCAAGCCGAGCAACAAAAGCAAGUUCAAGAUUUUCAGGAGGAAGUGUUAGAAAGGGCCAAAAGCGCAAAAGAAAAAGCAGCACGAGAAGCUAUGGAGGCACAAGGGAACAUACCUAGUAAGUCGACCGAAUCUCCUGAGGUGGUGGAAGUAGAAAUCUCCCCUUCAUCAUCGUCUGAGCAAGUUAAUAACACUUACAACAGCGAUCCAAUUAUAGGGAUGAUGAUAAAUGAUGAUUAACAGUUUUAAUCUCGCCUUGCUGCAGUACUCUUUGUAGAGUAGGUUGUGCUGCUCAGAGUAUAUGUAAUUUUGGGCUCCUUUAUAAACUAAACAUCCAUGUAAAGCAUCUGCUGUAAAAUGUUCACUUUGUUUGCAGAGAACAAUAAGUUUGUCGAUGAGGAGUGUUUCUCUUGAUUGUUUGAGUAACUGCAUCCAUCCAUCCAUGGACAACUGUUUGUAGAGGGUCCAAGUCAAUAAGUUUGCUGCUGCACUCAAACCUCUUUGCUUGCAGCUGCAUUUGUAUAUAAUGAAGCCCACACCUCGGAUGUGCUCCUCUAGCCAAUGUGAAACACAAUUUAGUCUUGCAUUCACUUUCCAGAUUUGAGGAAACAAUUCUUCUUUUUUGUCCUAGGCCAUGGCCUUUGCAACCAUAAACUGUAAACUAUAUUUUUUUCUCAAAAAUCCACAAUUGCCACCAGACUCUUCUUCCUCUUGGAGAACCUUCAAAUGUUUUUCCUGUUAAAAACUGAUGAGCAGUUGGCAUCCUUUUCUUCCCCUUUGCUUCAAUGGUCAAAGUUGUCAAACUCGACCUCAUCAUCUUUUGUGUUGCUACUUCUUAUAUUGACACCUAUCCAUUAGUUAUGGGGUACACCCCCAAAAUAAAACCCUUCUUCAUCUACCAGCAAAGCAUUUCUUCUUCUUGAGGGAGUUGUAUCAGUUACAGUUGCCUACCUACAGUGGAAUUCUGGAUAAAGUUCAUCACUCAACAGAACAGGUUACUUCCUUAGUCACAGCUUACAAUUAUUCUCUUUGUAUAUAUUUCUUUACAUUUUGGAUCCCCUUUCCGUUGUUGUAUGAAAACUGAUGAUCAAAUAUAAUGAGUGGGUUUUGCUUACAGUGAAUUUGAAUGUAAUAUGAACACUGUGACAUUCGUUUCCUAGUGCAUUUCAAAACUUAGACUAAACCAAUUACAAGACCUGAUGAUGAUGACGAUGAUUUUAUUCAUCAUUUUAUUCUAGGUUCAAAUUGAGGGUUUCUACAAAGUCAAUCAUAAAUGGGGAUGGGGUUUGCAUUCUCUUAUAAGGAAUUUGUAAUUUUGUAUUAUCUCCAACCACAACCUUUUUUAGAUGUUACUGAUGCAAUAGUUCCUCAUAGUCUUAGAUAAGAAACUGAGACACAGUCCAGACUUAAGAUGCAUAGAUUGAGAGUGAAAGUUCCGUGUCACCCACCUUUGAGACAACACCCAGAACAUAAACAAAUGCUACAAACCCAGUUCCAAUGGUUGUUGGAGAAAUGCAAGAGUGUGGAAGAGGUGAACCCGAUUCUAUCUAAUUUCGUGGUAAGCGGACUUAUCCGCCAAUCAUUCUAUCUGUGUAAGCUUGUUGAGGUCCUAGCUCAGUCUCAGAACUCUACUCUCCUUCUCUACUCACGCCUUCUCUUAGAACAUCAGUCCAAUGUCUUCCGAGGAGAAGAGGAUUUUAACAUGUCUCCUUCGACCACUACAUUUCUCUGGAAUACAAUCAUCAGGGGUUACUCGAGGAGCCGGUUUCCCCAGCAAGGAAUCACGACCUACCGUAAGAUGCUCCAGAAUUCCUGCAAACCUGAUAACUUCACGUUCCCCAUUGUCAUCAAGGCUGCAUCGUCUAUGCAAGAAGGAGUGCAGGUCCAUGGUCAGAUUGUUAGCAACGGGUUCGAAUUUGACAUAUUCGUGGUAAAUACUGUGUUGAGCAUGUACACUGUGUUUGGGGACCUGAAAUCUGCUCAAAGGUUGUUUGAAACAUCCCCCAAUUUAGACAUUGUCUCUUGGAACACUCUCAUUGAUGGGUAUGUGAAGUCCGGAGCUGUUGAGCUUGCCAGGAGCUUAUUCGACAAAAUGACUGAGCGAAAUGAGAUCACUUGGACUGCAAUGAUUUCUGGAUAUGCAAAGACUGGUAACAUGGAUAUUGCUCAGUCCUUGUUUGAUAGAAUGCCCAUUCGCAGGAGUCCGGUAACAUGGAACUCAAUGAUUUCAGGGUUCGCUAAGUGUGGGUUUGUGCCACUCGCGAGAAAAAUGUUCGAUGAGAUGCCUUUAAGAAACAUAGCAUCCUGGAACGCCAUGAUUUCUUCUUAUGCACAGAGUGGAAAGGUUGAGUUAGCUCGAUCAUUAUUUGACAAGAUGCCAGAGAAAGAUGUCAUCUCUUGGAGUUGCAUGAUUUCUGGUUAUGCGCAAAAUGGUCGUGGUAGAGAUGCACUUGGACUAUUUAAAAAGCUGGAGGAGUCAAAGAACUGCAUCAGGCCCAACGAGGUGACGCUGGUGAGUGUGCUUUCCGUAUGUGGGAAUCUGGCAGCUCUUGAGCAAGGGAAGUGGGUCCAUGUUUACAUAGAGAGGAAUGGAAUGAGAUUAAAUGAUAACCUUGGUGCUGCUCUGGUUGAUAUGUACGCUAAAUGUGGAUGUGUGGGAACCGCAGUUGAGAUCUUCUGGAAAUUGGUACAAAAAAAUGUCUCCACUUGGAAUGCUCUGAUUACAGGCUUUGCCGUUAAUGGGGCUGCGCAAGAAGCUCUCAAAUUAUUUGAAGAGAUGCUGAGAUCGAAGGAAAAACCUGACAGCAUCACUUUUCUAGGUGUGUUAAUGGCUUGCUGCCAUGGCGGGUUGGUGGAGGAAGGUCUUCGCCACUUUAGAAGCAUGUCCAAGAACUAUGGGAUUCAACCUGAAAUUAAGCAUUAUGGUUGUGUAGUGGAUCUUUUGGGGCGAGCUGGUUUAUUGGAUGAAGCUCAGCAGAUGGUCAGAAGCAUGCCGAUGAAGCCAGAUGUAAUGGUGUUAGGUGCUCUGCUUGGUGCUUGCAGAAUCCAUGGGAGUGCUGCAAUUGCAGAUGCAUUGAGGAAGGAGUUCCUUCUUGAGCGGAACCCUGAGGAAGCAGGUUGCCAAGUUUUACUCUCUAAUAUAUAUGCGACUGCCGUUAGAUGGGGUGAUGCUUCGGAUAUGAGGAGUGAAUUUAACUCAAGUCAGAUCAAAAAGAAUACAGGGUUCAGUGCAGUUGAAUCACUAGGAAUUUGAACCACAGGAAAUUACGACUCUUCCUGUUGGGGAAAACACAUCUGAGGAGGCAGUGCAAAUGGGCUCCGAGACCUAUCAUCAUACAAUGUUGUUGGAGAUGACUUGUUGAUGUCAAACCCAAAAUGUACUGUGAAAGCAAUCACAAAUUCACUUGCAAUGCGCUUGUUUUAAAGUGUUUUGGCUUCUGAAAUUCCUCUAGUUGCUUGUUUUCGUCUGGUAAUCCCUACUAGCAAAAUUCAGCGUCUAACUGUAGAUGGUGGAACACGUAUCCUCUGGGGAAAAGGAGAAAAGAGAAGAUUUACAGUCACUUUUCUUGCAUAAUGAUCAGUUACUUUUAGCAAUGACCAAUGGAUGAGACCUUGAGAAACAGGAGUUAAAAGUUGUAUUCCCAGUGUCUUGUAAAACUGGAUUGUACUGGCAACAGCGCUACUAGUACCAUAUGUUCUUACAAUUUCAGUGGGGGUGGAAACAGGUGAAUCAGAUUGGGACUGUUCCAGAAGCCAUUGAAGCUGUGAAGCGGAUGCCAACUGGGGAGGAGUAACUUCCCAUAAAUGUGGGGAGACUGAAGAUUCCUUCAUAGCUGAUUUAGCUGUUGGCCUGUCCACCGGUCAGAUGAAAGCAGGUGCAGCUAGCCAGGGUGAACUGCUUUCCAAACCAUAAUCCAGUAAUUGUUUCGGAUCGAAGAAGAGCUAGGUGAUCAAGCGCUGGCGAAAGUUUGAGGCUCAAUCUGGUCACAUUAUCUUCUUUUCUUACUCUUAUUGACCAUCACCUGCUGGGGGGAUCAAGAAAUUGCAACUUGAGUUGUUUUUUUUCUUUUUCUAGAGGGGCCUUUUUGUUAGUAGGUGGGGUGUUGAGAAGUUACAAGUAACAGAUUAACAGAAGUACAACAUUGCCAUUUGCCUUUCUCUGGAGCUGCUCAUUGCUGGUUGAUCCAGUGUUACAUG